AUGGCCACAUUCUACUGCCGUUCUCUCAGCUCUAUCGCGCCCUUCGGGGGACCUAGCACCAGUAGCACCCGCCGUAACCUUUUCGGAACAGCUAGGCUUCCCCCGUUCCCAUCGUCGGCGCCCUCCGCGGGCCGUAGCGCCGUUAGUCGCCGUAUACCUUCUGAGAAGACUCGCCUUCCCCCUCCGUUUCCCGCGCGCUUCGCGGGCCGCUCUAGUAGUCGCGACACCUCCGCUAGCUCCCCCCGCGUCUUCCCUGUUUCCCCUUCCGCCAGCUCCUCUCCUCCCGCUCCCCCUUCCCCUGCUCCUCCCCCUCCCGGCGCUCCACUCCCCCCAUCCCCGCCCUCCUCCCCGCCGCCUUCCCCCUCCUUCCAAGACGGAAUCACCUGGUUCUGCCUGUCUUUAAUCACUUUAAUCGCGCUCAUAGACCUCUCUCCGCUGGGCCCUAUCCUCCGCGCCGCGCCUCCGCAAUCCGCGCCGUUCCUGCUCGCGCUCGUCCAAUGGCUGUUCUUCGUCCUCCCCGCGCUCUCCUGGUGCCGCGACCGCGGGUUCCCCCUCCGCGCAACCCUCAAGCUGCAGCUGCCGCGGGGGAGUGGCGGAGGGGAGGGGGAAAGAGCUGGGGAUUGGGGAGGUAAGGGGGACGCGGACGGGGUGAAGGAAGCAAUAGCAGGGGAAAACGAUAGCUGGUGGAAGGCAAUUGCAGCAGGGGCGGUAGGGGGUCCCGUCCUAUGGGCUCUGCUGUUCUCUUUAAUCUCCCUUAAAACAGGUGCUGGAGGGGAGGCGGCAGGGGGAAUAGCAGAACUGGCAGCAGGAUUAGAAGGAGGAGGGGGGGAUAAUGUUAGUGCCACAGCAUUAUUGCUGGGUCCUUUGCUGCUGCCAGAUGGGACCGGAGGGGGCGUGGCUGCUACAGCUGCUUCUGCUACAGCUGUCGCAGCCCUGCCUCUGCUUGACCUGCUACAGCUGUUCCUGUGGGUGGCGGUGUCGCCGGCUGUAGCAGAGGAGUUGCUGUUCAGAGGGCUGCUGCUGACAGCCCUGCAAGAAAGGCUCGGCAGGAUCGAUGCUGCCAUGCUGUCUGCAGCCCUCUUCGCCCUCUUCCACCUCUCUCUCUCCCUGCUCUUCCCCAACAUGGCCCUUGGGAUUGCCGCCGGCCUGCUCGCCGUCUACUCCAAUAGCGUGCUGCCAGCUGUCGCCUUGCAUACCACCUAUAAUGCAUCUGCCCUUCUCUAUGCGCUCAUGGCUACAGAUUGUGCGACUGAGGGGGAAGAGGAGGUGGAGGGAGAGGAAGAAGUGGCGGCGGAGGAGGAGGAGGAGGAGGAGGAGGAGGAGGAGGAGGAGGAGGAGGAGGAGGAGGAUAUAAUGGAGACAGGAAUGAAGGAAGAGGAAGUAGAAGCUGAAGCGAGUGAAAAGGGUUCACCAGGCACCCCAUCUCGCUCCGCACGUGCAACCACUCUCUCCUCCCUCCUCUCCCUCUACAGCUUCUUCUCCUCCCACCUCGGUAUCUCCUCCCCUUUCACUGUCGCUUCCCUUCUCGCCUCCAAACCCCAACUCCGCUCCAAUCCCACCAAUGACUUCCUGCCACGUGUCCGUCUCCUCCAGUCGUACGGCAUAUCUCAUGCCGACAUCGUCCACAUCACUGAGAAAGGACCAGCCUGA